UUCCGGCCUCAAACCUUAGACAUAAUGGAGAAGGAUAUAUUUGGGAUUCCCACUCCUGUAAUUGAGUACGAUUUCCCAAAUCCUUCUCCCAUUUCAAAGAUUUACUCAUUGAUUAUACCCCCCUCCCAACUUUUGUUGAGUUAUAUGAAUUGUUACCUUAUCCAAGUUUCUAAAUUUUUAAAGUUUUUUCCGGUUUUUUUAACAUUUUUAUUGUUCAGACUUCCCACGGAGCAGGACCUGAAGAGGAGGAUGGCUCUACCCAUACUUCACACAGAAACCAAUGAGCUAAGAGAGAGAGCUGCCCAGACCAUGGCCCGAGCCAGAUCCAUCCCUGCAACCCAAGAUGACUCCAUACUUAUUCCAAGGACGGAGGUUAACAUGUGGGGGAAAAACAAACCCUACUCCAAACCCAGUCUCGUUACCAAAUUUUGUGGAUAUGAACCAGUGAUAAAUAGAGGGAGAGAUCGGAGAUGCAUGGAGGAUUAUUUAAACAAGACUGAGAAGGAUGGGAUGCAGAAUCCUCAACUUGAUUCCCUGCGCAAUCUCUUACCUACAGGUACUCCGUUAUUGGAUUUCCUGAGCUGUACUAUGGAGAGACCUGGAGAUUGGAACUUGCCUGGGAGAGCUGAGGUAGAUUUCUGGUCUUACCAACGUGGUAUCACAAUGGAUAUUCUUGAUCAAGUUGAGGUCAAAGAGAUAAUUGUAGGCAAGUCUACAGACCAAGAAAUUGAAGAUAUAACCUCGUGGUUCUGGGACAAGUAUGCCUUGGACCAGAAAAUCCUCCCAACACAUGUAGUUAGUAUGGAUGUAGAGGAAAUCAAAUCCACUCUUUAUGACACUCUCAGGAUAGCUGGACGCAUACCUUUCAAGAAGGGACAGAUUAUGUCAAAGAAGGAAGAAAAAACGAUUAUGGGUCAACCUGAGGACAGGAUGCAGCAGUUGCCAGUCAAAGUUAUGCUUGGUAAUGGUUUGAACCACGCCCUUAUGGUCAGCCUGGAUUUGUUCCGGGAUGCCAAAGGGCGUUAUAUCCUAAACCAUAUCCGGGCCCCUGACAGUAUCAUCAGAUUCUUCUCCUUGCUCCCCAUCUGUACCGGAGUGGCUGUGAAGCAUGAUGUUGAGGGUCUGAUAAAAUUCUAUAGCUUAAUCACGGAGAAAGAAGUGACAAUGAAAGGUUUCCUUGAGACAAGCUCUAUUGCUCUGGUUGCUGGGUACGCUAUGCAAGCCAGGAACAUGAAUGCCAUUGCAAUGCAAGUGCUGGGCGUGGUCAUGAACAAGAUGUGUUCCACAGCUGACAACCUGUGGGGUGUAAGAUGGAAGGAGAUCCCAGAUGCUCUCAAGGUAUAUGCAAUAGCUGAUUUAAAGAUAGGUCACCUAGCUUACUGUGUAUUUGCAUCAAUAAUCCUUAGGGAUUAUAUACCGGACCCUGAAAUUUUUCUGUUUUACGUGGGAAGGUUUGACCAGUGGCUUGCUGCGGACUGGUUUCUCAAGCUGCUCGCUACUACACUAGAGAGCACGGAGGUGCAUGAUAAAUCGUUCAAAACUGCAGUCUCCAGAUCUGAUCUAAUAAAAUGUCUCAGGUUCAGAUAUUCAGAAGAUUCUCCUUUGAUGGACGAGGCUCCUCCCAGAGUAUUGCUCUGGAAAAAGACUCUUGGAGAAUGGCCCUCCCUAACCAGGGGAGGAUGCAGGUUUCUUCAUCAGUGCAGGUCCUGGUUUGUUGAGAUGGUGCGGAUAUGGACUCAGCAAGGGCUCAGAUGGGACGAAGAUUCCAAGCUUCCAUCUGUAUCUGGAGAACUCAUGCAUUAUGCAACAUUUAAGAUUUCACCAGUGCAGAUUUCAGCGUGCAACUUCAAGGAGCCAGCUCUACUUUCCUCAGGUCUGUUACGUCCCAAAUCUCUACAAAUCAAGAGCCUGGAGAUGGAUCCUGUCACUGUGCGCAGUUUUUCAAUAGGGAAGCAGUGCAAGAAACUCAAACGUGAGCAGGUUCCUGUAGUGAUGGAGUGGGCUCGUGAAAACCCUACCCUGAUAUCGGAUUUCUUAAGGAGAAUGGGUUCUGAUAUUGAGUUUCAGAAAUUCUAUCGUCACCUAUAUGAUCCAAUGAGACAUAUGUACAGGAGGAUCUUCAACUGUGAAGCUUUAACCGUUGUGUUUAUGGAGGGAGUUCUUUUGAAAACCAUCACGAAUAAAUGGAAGGAAGAGGUCAACUGCACAACAAGACUGAGAGAGGAGCUGAAAAUCCGGGAUGCAAGGAUCGCCUAUUUCAAUGAACUGAUAGAGUGUGGGGAUGAUACUCUCAGGGCAAAAUGGUCUGUAGAUCUCCCAGCUCUGCCAGAGUGGGUGAUAGCAAGGCAGAAGAGGACGACAGCAAAGAAGAGACCUAGAGAUGAUAAUAACCAGGAGCAGGUUCACAAAAAGGUGAAGUUCUCCGUUAGUACUCCUCAGGAUGUUGAAACCCUGGAGCAAGGGUCUCAGUCCGAGGAGGAAGGAGAAGUUGUUAUUUGUACCGAGGACGGGGAGGUUGAAGAGGUUUUGGAGCCUGAAGAUCGGAGUCAUAAAAGGCUUCGAACCAUCCAGGAGGAGCUGGAUGAGGUGGUUCCCAUGAAGACUAGAUCCGUGCAAUUUCUUAAGAAAAAAGGGAAGAGGAAGAAAAGGGCUGCAACUCCCGUAUUCUUCGAUUAUGCAGAAGCCAUAGAGUCUGAGAAAAGAAUGUUCUCUGAUGAGGAUUAUGCUCUGGAGACAGAGUUUGAGGAGACCUUUUAAUCCUUGAUAUUUUUUUUCUUCAUUUUAACCAGUUUUCGUUGUUUUUUGUGUGUCGGUCCCAUGAAAAUCCUAAAGAUAUUUAUUCAACGUAGUCCGUUUUUUUUUUGAUAUUGUAACUCUUUUUCAAAAACCUGUCAUAGAUUGCGGAUAUUACAAUGGUAUAUACAUAUACAUAACAAAAGAUAGAAAUAAUGUACCUGAGAUAUUCAUAAAUUGCGGCUGUGACCAUAAUCCUGCCAUAUAUAUAUUGAUCUCAUACACAUCUUAUAUAGUUUAUAUUAGUUUAUACAAAAAUUUUCUGUAACAAAUUAUAUAUUGUUGAAUAAUGUUACUGUUAACUCGUUGUAUUGCAAUAAAUAUUGUUUUCUAUUCAUGUGCCUUUGAGGUUAUGUUUAAGGGGGUUUUUCUUAUUCCUUAUUGAUUGCGUGUGGGUUUUAUUUUUAGUUUCGAGGAUAUUUAGACUACUUUUCGAAACACUCCCCCCGCCGGAGUGUUACGCGUAUAUUCUGAGCUUUCGAAAAUAGUCAAACUCACCAGUGUUUAAUGAGACUCACUGUAAACGUGAGUUGGAACCUUCUGAUUGGUCUGAUAGAAUCAGAAUAUGUAAGAUCAUCUAUUAUUGGUUCCCCUUACUGAAAGCUGCCUGAGAAAUGAUAAAUCAGACUCAUUCUUGAGACGGGCCUUGGUCGGAUAACAUUUCAUGUUACUUGCCCCGUCACUUGCAUUGUUUGUCAGAUUUAUUAUUUCAGAUAUUGUAUGCUUGAGUUAAGACAGAAACCCUUUUUAUCCAUUGAUCAGGACGCCAGCAUAUAUUUGAUUCUACAGUUCGUAAGUUACAGAAGAAUGAUCUAAGUUGAGAAUUUGGAGUAAAGCUUACAGGAUACAAAUAUUCGGUCACCUAGGAUGGA